ACUUUAGCAACAACACUAAUAAAGCGUAAUGAACUGUAAUGGUUUUCGACAGAUAAAGCCAUGAGAGUCGACGAAGCGACGCCGGUGUUUUUUGACCUGGAAACCACUGGACUGGACACGUCUGCGUGUGACAUCGUGCAGCUGUCGGCCCUCAGCGGGACCCAGACGUUUAACGCGUACCUCAUGCCCCGCUGCAGCAUCACUGACGGGGCGUCCCAGGUCACGGGUCUCACGGUCUCCGGCCAAUCACUGCUCUUCCACCGGCGUCCCGUCCCCACCGUCCCACACGCACGCGCCCUCGCCGACUUCAUCUCGUUCCUCAGGACCUUCAACGGGCCCUUCCUGGUGGGCCACAACAGCCGGCGCUUCGACUGGCCGAUCCUGCGGCGGGUCCUGGAGGAGUUCGCCCUGCUGGAGGAGUUCCGGCGCGUGGUGUCGGGCUGCGUGGACACGCUGACGCUGAGCAGAGACAUGUUCCAGCUGCAGAAAUACUCCCAGCCCUUCCUCGUGGAGCGCUUCCUGGGGGAGACGUACGGCGCGCACGACGCCGCGGAGGACGCCAGGACCCUGCAGGAGCUGUACCGCGUGUGGAAGCCCUGCGAGAGCCUCGUGAGGAAGCACACCACCACACUCAGAUGAUGCAACACUCACCGGUUAUACA